AUGAAGGAUUGUAAUCUUGUGAAUACACCAUCUGAGUUUGGUUUGAAACUAAACAAAGAUGAUGGAGGAAAGAAGGUUAACAGUACUCUUUACAAGCAGAAUGUGGGGAGUUUAAUGUAUUUGAUUGCAACAAGGCGUGAUAUAAUGCAUGUUGUAAGUGUCAUUAGUAGAUACAUGAAGUGUCCAACAGAGAUUCAUCUUUUGGUUGCAAAAAAAAUUCUUAGGUACUUGCAAGGUACUAAGGAGUUUGGGUUGUUCUUCAAAAAGGGAGAAAAGUCAUAUUUGUUUGGCUUUACAGAUAGUGAUUAUGCAGGAUAUUGUGAUGAUCAUAAAAGCACAUCUGAGUAUGUUUUCAUGUUGGGGACAAGAGUUAUUUCAUGGUCAUCAAAGAAACAACCAAUCGUGACAUUGUCAACCCCGGAAGCUGAAUUUGUUGCAACAACAACUUGUGUUUGUCAAGUUAUUUGGCUGAAGAAGAUUCUUGAAGAGCUACAGUUCAAACAAGAUCGGCCUACUCUCAUUUACUGUGACAACAGUUCAGCAAUAAAGCUCUCAAAGAAUCCUGUUUUACUGGUCGAAGCAAGCAUAUAG